AUGAGUACAACUAUUGCUUCAAAACAAAAGGCAAUUCAAUUUGGUCAACGUGUAUUAAAUUUCUGGUUUUCAAAUGGACGUUGGUCAUCGAAAACUCCUCCGCCAAAAUAUGAGCCUGUUGAUGAAAACGUUCAAAAAUCAUGGUUUAUGUCUUCAAAAGACUAUGAUGAAGAAAUACGUAAAGAAUUUGAAAAUGAUAUACAACUCACGGCCAAUGAUUAUUAUCAAGUAUUAUAUAUGGAUAAUGAUCAUUUAAAACAACAUCCUGAACAUACAUUAGCCUGUAUUAUUUGUCUCGAUCAAUUUCCUCGAAAUAUUUAUCGUAGUACACCAAAAGCGUUCUCGUACGAUAGAAAAGCGAAAGAGUUAAGUAUGAUAAUGAUUAAAUAUAAUGUUGAUAAACAAUUGCCAUAUAUUGAACAAGGAUUUGUCUAUUUACCAUUUCAACAUAGUGAAAUAUUGGAAGAUCAUGAUUUAAGUGUUAAAUAUUGUGAAAAUGUAUUAGAUGAGGGAAAAAAUGACGAACAUCUCACAGAUGAUGUAUACGACUAUUUAAAGAAUUUUCUAGAAUUUGCUAAGCAACAUCGAGAUAUUAUUCAAAAAUUUGGUCGAUUUCCUCAUAGAAAUUUGAUAUUGAAUAGAAUAGCAACAGAUGACGAAGAUAAUUAUUUAAAAAUGGAACGUCUAAAAAUCCACACAAAAGGAAGAGAAGGAACAACAGUAAAAGUAACAUUUGGCGAUGUUCAUAAUCGCGAUACGAUCAUACAAACUGGUUUACAAUUUGAUCAUAUUAAUAUACCAGCAGAAGCAGCCAGAUAUAAUAAUAAACCCGUAUAG